UUUAUUUUAAAUUUUUGUUUCAAAAUGGGUAAACUAUGGAAGAUUGUCGAGAAUUAUUUCAAAGUGCAUGAUAUCGCCGAACAUCAUAUUAAUUCAUACAAUAGUUUCAUCGCCAAAGGAAUGAAAGAUAUUGUUGCAGCCAAUGAUCGUAUUACAUCAGAAGUUGAUCCGAAUUGGUAUGUCAAAUAUUUGAACAUUCAUGUUGGUAUGCCCGAAAUUCGUGAUGGCCACAAUAAACAUUCAUUAACACCACAAGAAUGUCGAUUAAGAGAUUUAACGUAUUCGGCACCUAUCUAUGUUGACAUCGAAUAUACACGUGGUCAAGAAGUUUUAACUCAAAAAAAUUUAUUGAUUGGACGUAUGCCGAUUAUGCUUCGCAGCAAUAAUUGUGUAUUGAAUCAAAAAAAUCGUGAUGACUAUUUUCAAUUACAGGAAUGUCCACUUGAUCCGGGUGGCUAUUUCAUCAUAAAUGGCAGUGAAAAAGUAAUAUUAAUGCAAGAACAACAAUCAAAAAAUCGAAUAUUCACAUUCAAAAACGAUGAUGAAAUUAUCUGUGAAGUAACAUGUAUUGCAACCGAAAAGAAAUCGCGUCUUACAUUGCAGAUGAAUAAAAAACGACAGAUAAUGGUGAAACAUGGUAAUAUUAAAGAUGGUGUCCCGGUUAUCAUUAUGAUGAAAGCAAUGUCCGGUUUAAGUGAUCGAGAAAUAACUAGCCUAAUACUUCGUGAUUGUGAACGUAAUAUGGAAAUGUUUAAAUUAUUAUUACCAUCGUUGGAACAAUGUAUUGAUUCAAAAAUUUAUUCCGAAAUCAAUGCAUUGGAAUUUAUUGGAAAAAAGAUUAGCUUAUCGAAUGAAAGUAGUCGUCAUCCUGCAGUAAUAGCUUAUUAUUUUAUUUAUAAUUCAGUUUUGACACAUAUACCCGUUGUAAAUGAUUCAUUUUAUCCAAAAUUUUUCUAUCUUGCUUUUAUGGUACGAAGAUUAUUAUUAGCACAUAUUGAUCCGGACAAUCACAUUGAUAAUCGUGAUUUUUACGGUAAUAAACGUCUAGAAUUGGCUGGAACAUUAAUUGGUUUUUUAUUUGAAGAUGCAUUCAAACGUUAUAAUCUAACCAUAAUGGGUACGGCAAACAAAAUGAUACCAAAAGUUAAAGUUUGUCAAUUUGAUGUUACCAAACAUAUGACCAGUAAUCUUAUAACACAUGCUUUAAAUAAUGCAAUCGCAACGGGUAAUUGGUCAAUACGACGUUUUCGUAUUAAUCGAAUUGGUGUAUCACAAGUAUUAUCUCGAUUAAGUCAUCUGGCCAGCUUGGGAAUGUUGACCCGUAUUAAUUCUCAAUUUGAAAAAACACGUAAAACUACUGGUCCUCGUUCAUUACAAUCAUCAUAUUGGGGUAUUGUUUGUCCAAGUGAUACACCAGAAGGUGAAAGUUGUGGUCUUGUUAAAAAUAUUGCCCUUAUGUGUCAAGUAUCCACUGAAGAUUGUGAUGAUGAAAUUGUACGAAUUUGUUCAGAAUCCAAUUUAGUUCUUCCAUAUGGUUGCGUUGAUCUAGAUCAAAUUGAUUUAAAUUUAUAUUAUCUUUUUAUUAAUGGUGUUAUUGUAGGUUAUGUGACUGAUCCAAAACCAUUCACAGCAUUUAUACGACAAAAUCGACGUGAAGGAAAUAUACCGAAAUUUACCACUGUAUUUACUAAUGAUUAUCAUCAAUCAGUGUAUAUUUGUUCGGAUGCAGGAAGAUUAUGUCGUCCAUAUAUAAUUGUUGAUGAAAAUGGUCGUCAUCGUCUUACUGAACAAUUUUGUAAAUUAGUCGAAAGAAAUGUAAUGAAUUUUAAUGAUCUAAUCGAUAUGGGCAUCAUUGAAUAUUUGGAUAUGAAUGAAUUGAAUGAUUGUUUUAUUGCAUUGAAUGAUGAUGGUAUUAUAGCUGGACAUACAACACAUAUGGAGAUUGAAGUGUUUACCAUAUUAGGCAUAUGUGCAUCGAUUAUACCAUUUCCACAUUGUAAUCAAUCACCACGUAAUACUUAUCAAUGUGCAAUGGGUAAACAAGCAAUGGGUGUUAUUGCAUUGAAUCAAAAUCUUCGUAAUGAUUCAUUAUUGUAUACAAUACAAUAUCCACAAUAUCCAUUAGUUCAAACAAAACCAAUGAAAAUGUUUAAUUGGAUUCCGGCUGGUCAAAAUCCAACCGUAGCUGUAAUGUCAUACAGUGCAUAUGAUCUUGAAGAUGCAACCAUAUUGAAUAAAUCUAGUAUACAAUUUGGUUAUGCAAGAUGUUUUGUAUACAAAAAUGCAAAAAUUGAUUUGAAAACCUAUCCAAAUCGUAGUUGUCGUGAUACAUUAUAUUUUCCUAGACAAAAUGAAAUGACAAAAUCACAGAAUAAAUAUGCAACAUUAGAUUGUGAUGGUAUUGCAUCACCUGAAAGUUUAGUACAUUCUGGUCAGAUAUUAGUCAAUAAACAAUCACCAGAUGUAAAAAAUAGUAAUAAUUUAUUGGGACAUCAACAAACAAAAUACUAUGAUAAUGGUUUAGUUUAUCGAUCGGAAAAUAGUUCGGUAAUCGAUAAAGUUACUAUUUCAAAUAAUGAUGAUGAAUUGAUAAUCAAAGUUUCAUAUCGUCAAAUGAGACCACCUAUUGUUGGUGAUAAAUUCAGUUCAAGACAUGGACAAAAAGGUGUUAUCGGUGCUAUAUUUAAUAAAUCAAUUUUACCAUUUUCUAGUGCUGGUAUUAGUCCGGAUAAGAUUAUGAAUCCACAUGGUUUUCCAUCACGUAUGACAGUUGGUAAAUUAAAAGAAAUGACAGCAUCAAAAGCAGGUUCACUUAAAGGAACAAUACAUGAUGCUACCGUAUUUAAUGGAACAUCAAUGAAUGAUUGUUUUGAUAUAAUGCAUAAACAUAAUCAUUUAUAUUCGGGUAAAGAAUUACUUUGUUCAGGUAUUACUGGUGAAUUAUUACCGAAUGAAGUUUUUAUUGGUCCAAUUUAUUAUCAACGAUUAAAACAUAUGGUUAUGGAUAAAGUACAUUCACGAUCAAUUGGACCAACAAUAUCAUUAACAAGACAACCUACUGAAGGUCGUUCAAGAAAUGGUGGUUUACGUGUUGGUGAAAUGGAACGUGAUUGUUUAAUUGGACAUGGAACAUCUAAUUCAUUAUUAGAACGUUUUAUGUUUUCAACCGAUGUAUAUGAAGUAGAAAUAUGUCAUAAUUGUAAUUUUCUUGUUGCAUCAAGAUUCUGUAUGUUAUGUAAUUCAAGCGAUAAUGUAACAAAAGUUCGUAUACCAUAUGCAUUUAAAUUAUUAAUACAGGAAUUAUUUGCUAUGGGUAUACAUCCGGCAAUGGGAUUUCGUUUAAGUAAAAAACUUUGAAACAAAAAAAGAUGGAAAACCGACACACAUAUUGCUAAUUAUCGCCUUAUUGUAAAACCACCACCAACAUAAA